CCGCGACCCCGCAGCCCGCGCUCCCCGCGCCAUGGACCCGGCGCAGGCCGCUGAGACCGGCGAGGCCGUGGCGCGGACGAUGCUCCAGUACCGGCGAGACGCGUCAGGGUGGCAGACGUGCCGGGAAGACAAUGGAGUUUCAGUCUCCUGGAGGCCAUCUGUGGAGUUUCCGGGGAACCUGUACCGAGGAGAAGGCGUGGUGUGGGGGACCCCGGAGGAGGUGUGGGACUGCGUAAAGCCCGCGGCUGGGGGCCUGCGAGAGAAGUGGGAUGAGAAUGUGACCAGUUUUGAAAUUCUCCAGAGCAUCACUGAUACGCUGCUGGUGAGCAGGACCUGCACGCCCUCGGCCGCCAUGAAGCUCAUUUCCCCCCGAGACUUCGUGGACCUGGUGCUGGUCAGGAAGUACGAGGACGGGACCAUCAGCUCCAACGCUACGCAUGUGGAGCAUCCGUCGUGGCCGCCGAAGCCCGGCUUCGUACGAGGGUUUAACCAUCCCUGCGGUUGCUUCUGUGAACCUCUGCCGGGGGAGCCCAGCAGGACCAGGCUCGUCACGUUCUUCCAGACCGACCUCGGCGGCUACCUCCCGCGCAAGGUGGUGGACUCCUUCUUCCCCCGCAGCAUGGCUGGCUUUUACGCCAACCUGCAGACGGUGGUGAGGAAGUUCCACGAGUGAGGCCGUCACCUGCCGGCAAGGAGCUCCCGCGUGUCGGUGCGGAGCCCCGACUGCUGGGACGCCAGAGCGCCCGGACGCCCCGACCCCGCCGCUGGACCGCGACUCUCUGAGGACAGCAGCCCACCCCCCGCCUCCUUCUCCACCCGGGGCCGGCGCGGGAGGGGCCCUGCCACCCUCUGGCAGGGCGGACCCCGGCCCCGGCCGCACACCGCGUGCUGCCAGAGCCUCCGGGUGGCAGCCACUCUCAGAGACCACGUGUCCCUGCCCGUCAGGGAGAACCGUCGUCGGCGCUGAAAACCAGGCCUCGAUGUCUCCUCAGCACCUGGAGCUCGCUCAGACCUGGGCCCCAGGCCCCCAGAUGUAUUUUUCUGGUGUAGACCCCCAUUAUUUUAGCACGGCACAAGAUUUUUCCCCUUAAAAAGAUGUCAACUUGGGAAGUGCUGGUUUAAACAUGGGAUAAGCAUUAAGGAAAAAUAAUUUUGACAUUCCUUUGUUGUAUCUUGCGUUCGAAUUGGUUGCUUUUCUCCCUCUGCCCCCUCUGGGAGUUAACCUUCCCGUCCCGGGUGAACCCAGGCAGCGGGAGCUGUCCCAGGCCACGUCUGCAGCCUAGAGGGCGACUCCCCGUCGGAAGUGACCGAACAAGGGAGCAUUCGUGUCCACGGGGGACGCCGAGGAAAGAGCCUCCCUUCUCCCUCCCUUGGGCGUUGGCCUUCCGUGUCCUCCGUUGCACAGGCCGAGCGAGGCAGCAGUUC